AUGGAAAAAACACAGUUGCUUUGCAGAAACUCUGAACUUAUGAGAAAACUCAGAAAUUUAUGGUCUUCUCAUAAGAAAUACUGCACAACCACUAUAGCACCUUAUCGAAGUUACACUCCAUUAAGUGGAUAUCCAUGUAGCUCAUCCUAUGAUUUAGAUCGCACGUACUUGACCUCUACGCCUUAUACAUUUAGAAAUAGAUUUAGAAGAACCGAUGGAUCUAGUUACAUUGGUGAUAAAGACGAUAUUGGUAAUCUAAGCAGAAACUUAAGUGAUCUCUCUAUAGAUAAAAUUUGUGAUUCUGACGAUGAUCAUAUAAAGCGUCAAGUAGAGGGCCUCGGGAAAUCCCUCCAAUCUACAUAUUCGCACCAACCUAGUAAUUAUGAAGCACCUUCCUCGCACACACCCGCAGCCAACAGAAUAUCACAUUCCCCACCCAGCGCCGGACCAAACUAUACCAGAACUGAGUCCCCCAAUAACGCCGCACUCAGAGGAAACAGUAACAUCCUUAGAGACGACGUUGGAAACUACGAAACGGGAGGAAAUGUAAAUGAAGAACAAAUAAAUGGUCAAAAUAAUGAUAGUCAAAAUUAUUUCCAAGAAUCACAUGAAGAACAAAUUUAUGAUACUGAAAUGAGUCACGAUCAACAAAAUUAUGAUUUAAGCCAAAAUCAAGAACAUUUUGAUAACCAAUCGGAAAAAGUAUCUCAAAAUUAUGAAACCAAUGUAGAACAAGAUCAACAUAACCUUGAUAAAGCUGCAGCACCAGAAGUAACACACACACAAAAUCUAGCAGAAAAAGAAGCAUUUAAUGAAGACCAGCACGUCAAUAUUGGUAGAAAAAUGUCAAAACAAAAUUCUCGUGAAUCUGUAGAUAAAGAUCAAACAUUACGUAAACAAUCAUCAAAAGAAAAGAUUUCCCCAAAACACUUGCCAGCCGAAGUUAAUGAUCCAAAUAAUGAACCUGAAUAUGAUGUGAUAGAAGAAAAAACUGAUUUGGUAGAAGGGACAGAAAAUUUAACAGACGAACAAUCAAAAGAACAAGUUGAAUAUAUCGCAGAAACUGAAAAACCUAUAGAGGAACAAACAGAGCAAUACGAACAAAAUUAUGAUCAGAAUUACGAGCAAAAUUAUGAACAAAAUUACGAAGAACCGCAAUAUACUGAACAGUACGAGAAUUAUGAACAAUAUCCUCAACAAUACGAUCCUAAUACACAAUACGAGCAAUACGGAAACUACCCAGAAGGAUAUACAGAACAAACGUAUGAUAACACGCAAUAUAAUCAAGAAUACCCCACAGAAUAUCCCCAAAAUGCUCCAGAAUCAGAAUCUGCUAAUGAAAAAUUAGCUAGUCAAAGU